UUACAUUAAUACAGGCUUGGAGUAGACGCCACAGUUCAUUACUAGUUCUGUGCUGAGAGGAGACAGGCAGAGACAGCAUCUGGUUUAAAAAUGCUGUCCUCAGUCUACCUGCUGUUGUGCCUCUCCUAUGCCGUACUUCCCACCUCUGCAAGUAACCGGUUCCUGGUCACAGCUCCCAGUGUUUUCCACGUGGGGGUGAAGGAAAGAGUUCUAGUCCAGUUGUUCCAGUCUCCCCGAAUGGUUUCACUCUACCUGGAGGAUGAAACAACCGGUCUGGUUGUAUCCAACAAAGUCACAAUUUCCCCAACUGUUGAAGGGACCAUACAGACUGUGGAGCUGGAGGUGAACAGAAACCAAAUUUCGGAGCUGGACAUCUUCCGAACAGAAACCCCAUAUUUGCUGCUGGUGUAUGAUGACCAGCCAGAAAAGAGAGACAUGGUCAGAGUGCUUGUUUCUCAGCACAGAGGAUACAUCUUCAUUCAGACCGACCAACCUGUAUACAACCCGACACAAAACGUUAAGUUCAGGAUUUUUACGUUGGAUCAUUCCAUGAGACCCCAUACCGAGCCUGUACACAUCAGCGUCAUUAAUUCUGGAGGAAAUACCGUGAAGAGAAUACACCAGAUUCCAGAAGGCGGGAUCUUCUCUGACUACCUCAAAAUUCCUGAUGUGUCAGAACCCGGUGUGUGGAAGAUUGUGGCACAUUAUCAAGGAGAUGAAAAGAAUGCUGUCACACGAGAAUUUCAUGUCAAGAAGUUUGUGGUCCCGAGUUUCGACGUCUCCUUUGAAACAAAGAAGAGCUAUUUUCUGGUGGACUGGGAGCAGUUUAACUUCACCAUCCUUGCCUCGUACUCGUAUGGUGAGACUGUGAAUGGAGCAUUUCAUUGCCGUUUCGGAGUGAGAGAGGAGGGGGCAGAUGGCAAAGAAGGGGGGAAAGCACCGACAGUAUUCAUCAGGGGACUGGAAGAGACAGGAUCGGUAAAGGAUGGGAAGGCGGUGGUCAGUGUCCAGAGGAGCCAAUUCCUCAACCUCCUAAAUCGCAACAAGAUCGAUCCAGUUGACCUGAGACAGCUGGCACAGAACGGAGCACGAUUUUACAUCACUGCAUCCGUCACUGACAUCCACAGUGGGGAACUUCAGGAAGCUGAGAUGGAUCUUCCAAUAGUUGCUAACCGCUACUCUGUGGACCUUUCCAGGACUCGUUCUUACUUUAUUCCUACAGUCCCUUUUCAAGUCCAGGUCGUGGUUCGACUCCCUAAUGGGUCCCCAGCCCCGCGUGUGAAAGUGGAGAUUCAAAUUCCAGUUUCCAAUGAUCAAUCCCAAAUUGCCACAACAGAUUCAGAGGGAGCAGUUAAUGUCUUCUUUUCUAUUCCCGACAAUACACCAGCUACAAAGAUUACUGCAAUAGUAGAUGGUUAUCAGUAUGAGAUGACUGCUCUUCCUGCUUCAUCACCCAGCAGAAGCUUCCUAUUCAUAAACAUGAACUCAAAGGUUGUGACCCCAGGGGAGGGAAUCUCAGUUGACAUUGACUUCAUAACAGUUGGAGGUGGUCCAGUGGAUAGACACAUUUACUAUCUGGUACUCAGUAGAGGAGAGUUAAGGAAAUCGGAGAAGGUCAGGACAGGGGAGGUGACAAGAAUUAUGCUCCCCAUAUCUAGUGACUUGACACCCUCGUUCCGACUGAUUGCCUAUUACUACAACCAGGGUGGUGACAUCAUUGCUGAUUCAGUAUGGGUGGAUGUCAAAGAUGUAUGUGCGGGGAAGAUUUCCCUGUCUUCAGGGACACCAUAUCCUCCAGGGUCAAAAGCUGAACUGCACAUAGAUCUGCAAGGUCAGAAAGCUAAAGUAGCCUUACUGGCAGUGGAUAAAGCCAUCUAUGCACUAAAUGUCCAAAACAAGCUCACCCCAAAACAGGUCUUCGCCUCCAUGCAGUCCUAUGACCUGGGCUGUUCCUACUCUGGGGGUUAUGACACAGCGGCCGUUUUCAACAAUGCUGGCCUUUCCUUCAUCUCCCAUUCCUCAACUUCCAGGUCGCAAAUGCGGAAAGGCUUUGGCUGUGAGAAAGGCUUCAGAAGGCAGAGAAGGUCUCUCAAUCUACAGCAGUUUAUGAUUUCCAAAGUGUUUAGUUACACAGAUGAAAAGCUACAGAAGUGUUGCCAGGAUGGCUUCACCCUGAUUCCCAUGAGGCUCAGCUGUGAAGAGCGAGCUCGGAGAGUAUCACGUGGAGGGAAAGAGCAGGCCUGUGUCAUGGCCUUCCUGGACUGCUGCCAUGAAGGCGUGAAGCAGAGGGACAAGAAGAUGCAGCAGGAAGCUCUCAAGGGGCUGGGCAGGACUGCUGAUGGAGGAGAAAUGGAAGACUUCUUUGAUACCAAUGUUGGAAGCAUUCGUCGCUUCUUUGACACUAGCUUUGAAUUUAAAGAGAUCGAUGUGAAUGGGGAACAAAAGUAUUCAUUAAUUCUGCCUGACUCCAUCACAACCUGGGAGAUUCAGGCUGUCAGUCUGUCUGCUUCACAUGGGUUCUGUGUGUCGGAACCCCAUGAACUGCGUGUAUUCAAGAAGGUGUUCAUCUCUCUGCGCCUACCCUACUCUGUAAAACGAUAUGAGCAGCUGUUCAUUACUGCUGUCAUCUACAACUAUGGAGACGACAAAAGAGAGCUGUCUAUCCAUAUGAAGUCAGAAGAGGGGCUGUGCUCACCUGGCUCCGCCUCCAGCCUCUCCUACCUUAAUGUCACUGUUUCACCUGGCUCUGCCAAAACAGUGACCUUCUCUGCAGUUCCCAUGGUGACAGGAAAGAUUCCUAUCACCCUGUUGCUUUAUGACAAAGAGUGGGAUAUGGGUCUAGAUUCUGUUCAGAAGAGCCUGUUGGUUGUGACAGAGGGAAUAGAGAAGAGAGAGGAGAUGAGCUAUUUUCUUGACAUUGAUGGGAGAAGUGGGAAGAGUUUUGAAAUUGAUGGAUAUUUGCCAAAUAGCACAGUUCCUGACUCUGGAACCAACCUGUUUGUCAUGAUUGAAGGUGAGGUGUUUGGCAAGCCAACCGUUCUGUCCCUGCUCUCUGCCUCGGGGGUGGUGGGGCUGCUGCGAGCCCCCUUGGGGUGUGCUGAGCAGACCAUGAUCCUGAUGUCCCCCACGGCACUGGCCCUUCGAUACCUGGACCUCAGCCAGGGGUGGAAAGAACUUCCCCCACAGACCAGAGACACAGCGCUCACUCACAUAGAGAACGCUUAUUCCAGAAUUCUGACAUUCAAGAAGGACAAUGCAUCCUAUGGAGCAUGGCUAGAGCAUCCCGCAAGCAACUGGCUGACAGCCCUCGUGGUGAAGGUCAUGUGUUUGGUGUUGGACCGACAGCUGGCCGGAAGGGGAGAGCAGGGCCGACAGGGCAUGGGGUUUGUGUCAGAGCAGGAGAUCUAUGAGUCAGUGAAAUACCUGAUCUCACAGCAGAAAAAUGGGAGCUUCACAGACCCCCAUCCAGUCAUUCACAGAGAAAUGCAGGGAGGUGUGGGGGGUGUGGAGGGGGAUGUGUCGCUCACUGCCUUCAUAACCAUCGCUAUGCAUCACUCCUUGCCUUUACUGAGUGAGGAGAACAAGAAAGACGUGGAGAACAGUAUCACUGCUUCCAUAGCCUAUCUCAUCGAUCGUUUUGAAUCCCUGGAGAGACCUUACGCUGUGGCCAUCACCGCAUACUGUCUGGCCCUCUGCCAAGAAGAUCACAGCCUGGCCCUCUCUGCCUGGGGCAAGCUUAAAGACCUGGCUACUGAAGAUGGAGAUUGUCGGAUGUGGGCCUCCAGAUCUGACCUGCGAUUGGCCAAUGAGGUGCAAGGUAACAAGGUUCCACCCCCUCAUGCUAUCACAGUAGAGACCACAGCCUAUGCCCUUCUAACAGCAGUGGCCAAUAAGGACAUGGAGUGGGCAGAUUCAGCAGUCUGUUGGCUCUCAAAGCAGGAGAACUAUGGAGGGGGUUUCAAAUCCACCCAGGACACAAUAGUGGCACUGGAAGCCCUCUCUGAAUAUGCAUUAAGCAGAUCAUCCUCACCCUCCACAAAGCUGGACUUGCAGUUCACUGCACCAGGCAGGAGCCAGAAAGCAAAAUUGACUAUGGACAAACCUGGGGAGAGAGUGGAAACUGAGCUGAAGAGGCUGUUGGGAAGCAAUAUUAAUGUACAAGCAUCAGGACAGGGAAAAGCCAAGAUGAAGGUGGUGAUGGCAUAUCAUGCACUUCAGCCUGAGGACACCUGUCAGCUGCUGUCCAUUAGCAUCACGGUGCAGGGCAAGGUUGAAUACACUGCUCAAGUGUUAGAUAACUAUGACUAUGUGGACUACGAUGAAAAAGGGGAGAGAAAGGAGGAGGUGGAGGACAGAGACAUCCCUCAUUCAAAGAUCGAGUGGUUUGAUGCUCGUAGUAGACGCAGGAGAGACACUGAUGAGAGCCGGAAGACAGCUGUGGAGUAUGUGGUCUGUGUCAGCCAUGACCUGAGUAGAAACCUCUCUGGCAUGGCUAUUGCUGACAUUACGCUGCUCAGUGGCUUUGAAGCACUGACUGAAGAUCUGGAUAAGCUGAAGGAGCUAUCAGACCGGUAUAUAUCUCACUAUGAGACCACGCAGGGAAGAGUUCUGUUGUAUUUUGAUGAGGUCCCAGAGGGAAAGGAGUGUAUAAAAUUUGGAGCUGUGCAGAGAGUACCUAUAGGCCUACUACAGCCUGCUCCUGCUUCUUUCUAUGAUUAUUAUGAACCAGACAGGAAGUGUACUAUAUUCUACAGUGCCCCCCAGAGGAGCAGAAUGGUAUCAACUCUCUGUUCAGGGGAAGUGUGUCAGUGCGCAGAAAAGCCCUGUCACAAGGAGAAAAAGACCUUCGAGAUGAGCGCCAAGAAGAACGCACGUUUUGACUUUGCCUGUUUCUUUCCCACAGUGGAAUAUGGUUAUAGGGUGAAAAUUGACCAUAUGUCUGAACAGAGUAACUUUGAGCUCUACCAUACCACAGUGAUAGAUGUUCUCCGGGCAACUGGCGACGAAAGUGUGGCAAAGGGCAGUGUUCGGGUGUUUGCAAAGAGGCGCCAGUGUAAAGGGACACUGCAGAUGGGCAAGACCUAUCUCAUCAUGGGCAAGGAUGGCACCACCACUGACACACAUGGACAAAUGCAGUACCUGUUGGACUCCUCAUCCUGGGUCGAACAGUUGCCGAGUGAGAGCCAAUGCCAAGCGUCCAGAAAAAGAUUUCAGUGCAAGGACCUGAACACAUUUUUGUCCCAGUACCAGACAGAUGGCUGCACUCAGUGAAGGACCCCAAAUGAAACCCUGAAGCACACGCUGAUUCACUCAGAAUCGUACUCAUACUGAAAAAAGACAUACAAUGCCUAAAAUUUUCAAACUUUGUUAAUAAAAAUCUAAUUUCAAACACAA